GCCCCGCUCCCGCCGCCGCCGCCGCCGCCUUCUGCUUCGGUGCGCACAGGCUGCGGCGGCCGCUUCCCCCGCCGCCUCCUGCACCUGCUCCUGCGCGCCCUCCCCGACGAGGGAGCCCCGCGGGCCGGAGGAAGGAUGGGUUGCAUCGGCUCCAGGACUGUCGGAAACGAGGUGAUUGCUGUGGACUGGAAAGGACUAAAAGAUGUUGACCAGAUCAAUAUGGACAGCACCAGCUCACUCCAUGGCAGCAGCAUCCACCGGCCGUCCACCGAGCAAACACGGACAGAUUUCUCCUGGGAUGGCAUUAACCUCUCCAUGGAAGACACAACCUCCAUCCUCCCCAAGCUGAAGCGAAACUCCAAUGCAUAUGGGAUUGGAGCUCUGGCAAAGUCUUCCUUCUCUGGCGCCUUAGGGAUAUCCCGCAGCAUGAAGGAUCACGUCACCAAGCCCACGGCCAUGGGGUCGGGUCGCGUCGCACACAUGAUUGAGUGGCAAGGUUGGGGCAACGGCAACACCCAGCAGCAGCAGCACACCCACGAAACGGUGCGCAAGGACGCCGACGCUUACUCUGACCUGAGUGAUGGGGAGAAGGAGGCCCGAUUCCUUGCAGGGGUGAUGGAGCAGUUUGCUAUCUCAGAAGCCACCCUCAUGGCCUGGUCUUCUAUGGAUGGCGAGGAUGUGAGCGUCAAUUCUAACCAGGAGAACCAAGCUGGCAACUACAACGAGAACUACCAGGAGAUGAUGGAGAACCAGGAGCACCUGGCCCAGGCACAGUAUGACAGUUGGCCUCACUCCUACGUCUCGCAAGGCAUGUACUGCCUGGGUUCCUCCGACGCCUGGGAGACCAGCGACCAGUCACUCAUUGCGUCCCCAGCGACUGGCUCCUAUCAGGGCCAGAACUUUGAAGAGUCCCAGCCCAGCUUGCAGGAAAGCGUUCUGAUCCAGAACAACCUUAUCCAACAGCAUCAGUUGUUGCAGCUACAGCAGCAGCAGCAACAACAACAACAGCAACUACAGCAGCAGCAACAACAACAACUACAACAACAGCAGCAGCAGCAGCAGCAGCAACAACAACAGCCGCAGCAGCAGCAGCAGCAACUGCUCUCUAAUACUAGCCUUGUGGAUGUAUGGCCUGCUCAGACAGUUCCUAGUGGCGGCGGCAGCAGCACAGAUUCCAGCACCUUUGUGGGAAUCCACACAGAGGAGGAGGAAGGCAACCCCUUGCUGGAGAAGGCUCCCUUACUGAACAAGAAGCCCUCGCCUGAGGAGGACGAUGCUGUCUGCCGGGACCUGGAGUCCCUGUCCCCCCGCGAGGAGCCGGAGCCUGCUGCCCUCAGCCGCAAGGUCUCCGACGUUACCUCGUCCGGGGUGCAGUCUUUUGACGAAGAGGAAGGUGAAGCCAACAACUGAUGCUGCCAUGGAGGAACCCUUUGCUCUUAUGCAUGGGAAACACACGGGUGGGGUGGGGGAAAGUGAUAGGGAAACCCCCUCUCCAGCUCCUGAAGUCCCCAAGCGCACGAGCACACUUGUUUGUUUGUUUUUAGUUUCACGGCAAGGUAAGCCGAGGACCAAAAGUGCUGGGCAAUGCUAAGUCUCCCCCACCCACCCACCCCUUCCUCCUGUACAUGUUGGGCUGAGCCUUCAAGACCUACUGCCUUGGACACCCAAACACAGAGAGCUCAGGGAAUGCAAGACGGUGGCCUCCACUGGCUGUGUGGUGGAUACAGGUUGUGCUUUUAGCAGAGAUGUGGGUUUUUUUGAGGGGAGGCACAUAUUCGUACUUAAUUCAGUGAUGCAGAAGAUGCUGCUACGAUCUGCUUUGGCUCUUGGGACUGGAGGGUCAUUGAGGAUACAGGCAAGAGUUUCAACGGCAGCGUCGUGGAGCAGGAACAGUGAGGGCGUGCAGCUUUGUAGACAAAAACGUACCGCAGCAAAAUUUGCAACCCCAGGGCCCGUCCUAAAGUGAGGUGCUGCUUGGAGAGGCACUCUGGACUUGAGUCCGAGAAGAGAGUGAUGUGUGGAGACAGAGUGACUCUGUGGAUGUGCAGGCCAUGCACCAGAAUGAGGCUCUGUGGGUACCAACUAUCCUUUGAUGUGGACAGAGCUGCUCUAUGAGUCCAGCCCAAACCUCAUUCUCCAGCCCGUGUGCAUUGUUGGCCUCUGCAGAAACCUUCCUUAUUAACCCCCAUUACCUCUGCCUACCUGGGAGCUGGAGAGAGGGGUUUCUCCCCCUAUUUAAUAUUGGAUACUGCAUGCAGGGUAGGGGAAGGGGGAGGGGGGGGUCAUCUGCCAGUUUUCUAUUUUACGCAGCCAUGGAGUCCUCUCCUUCCAGCAGUCUGCAGGUGCAGAAACCAAGGGAAGCAAGCAUGCGUGGCUUCAGCACCACCCUUUCCCAGUUUCUGUUAGAACUUUUGUCGCUGUUCCCCUCUCCCUAAUUUUUUUGUAUUUCCAAGUAACAGCUUUUGAAGCAGAAGCUAACAGAGAGGGAAUAGCCUGGGUGCCACUUAGCGUGAGGUCAUAUUCCUUUCCUAGCACCGCCAGAUCUUCUGUAGUGCCAAAAUACUGAUGAAGCAGAGACUGGGAAAAGGGUGAUUUUCCUCUUUCCGUUGAAAUCUCUCUGUCUCCUUUUUACGCUGACAAUGUAAAUAUUUCUCAGGCUUCAUCUUGAUUAGGAACGAAGACAGGGUGAGUUAGGGGUUCUUAAGUUUUGCAGGGCAUUUAUUUUUUUUGACCAGGAGUGAUUUUGUGAAUGAGAAGUCAUGGCUUAUGGGACAUACUUUUUAGUCCAUCCUCAAAUGCUGCUUUGCUGCAAAAGACAAGAGGGGUAGUGUUUUAUCAGCAUAAAAACCACAUUUUUAUCCUCCUGCAAGUCUCCAGAAAAUUAUUUUUAAAAAAUGGAAGAAAAGGAUGGAGUGAACAGUUACAUUUUGCUGGGCAAAACCACACGUUUGUUAUUGAAGCGGUGGAAGCUUAUUUCUGAUGAGGAAAGUCUUGCCAAAGGUGACUGUAGGGCUAUCUGAUGAAGGGAAUCCUUCAGGAAACAGCCCUGUCUCUGCUCCUCUCCAAGCCUGACCUGGUCUGAGGCUUGCCACUAAUUACUUUCGGCAGACUACCGGUUGCAAGACCAAGGAGUGAACCAAGACGGAGGAGUGCUUUGCUUACCCACCUGGGGCGCUUUGUGCAGAUAAAGAAGGUGAGUGUUCAGCCCAGAACACUCUGGUUUGCAUCCAGAAGUUGUGAACAGAAGGUGAACAGGACGCUAUUGUUCAUUCACUUUUGAUGGAGAGAAUAGUGGGAGGUUUUUCACUUCAUGGAUUUCAAAAGCUAAGAGGGCCCAGUCUUCCCUCUCCACGGCACUUUCCUUGAAAAAGCCUUCAUGACCACGGACACGUGCUCAGGCAGAAGCAAGCGCAGCAGAUGCAUGAAUGAGAAGCCUCUUGGCAACCCUUCCCCAACCUUCUCUCCUUUCCCUUCCUCUUCCUGGCUCCUCCAGUGGAGAGGCGGCUCGGAUUCUGAGCUCUGGGGAAUCCACCUCUCUCUUUUAAAAUAUGUUUACAUGCUACAGUGCCAACCUCUGAGGGCUAAGAGGAUUGGAUACAGCACUGCUCUGAAUAUGAGGGCGAACCCUCAUGUUCCUGCAUUUAUCUUAAUUGCUGCGUUCUGGCUGGCUGUCAGUUUUUUUGGGGGGAGGGGGGAUUCUGCUGGUGAUGAUGUAGAAGCAAGAAAGUGCAGAGCGCAACUUCUCUGCAAGUGAAGAAUGGAUGGAAUUCCAGUUGCCCCAACAUUUUAGAGCCUUCAGGUUCUCCAGAAAGCUUUGAGAUGUCCUCAGUAUUGGGGUUGGGGCAGGGGGCAGUGAGUCAGGCAGCCUGCUACUUCUUUCCUCCAAACCAUUCUUGCUCCACGUGCCUAUCCAGGACCAGGACUCAACCUGGAUGUUUACGGUAAUUCUGUUUCAAUGUAAAUGUAUCCUGCUGUCAUCUUGGCACUCACCGGACUCGAGACAAGUGGUUCAUCUUGUCCAAACCCGUUCUUUUAUUGUCUGUCUUUUUUAAAAACAAAAAAUGCAAGCAACUUGUGUGCAUUUGGUAAUAUUAUGUGACACUAAUGUUUUGGGAGACGUAUAUUUCUUUUUUCCUUUGUCUGAGAUGUGGUGCAUAAAGAGAGCAGCUUUCCCCACCCUUGGGUCUCCCAGAUGUUGUUGGGCUACAACAUCUGUUGCCUUUUAAUCAGCAUGGCCAGUGGUUAGAGAUAACGUGGGUUGUGGUCCAAGUGCGCUAACUCUAGGGGGCGGAGGUGUCGCUCAGCCCCUUGAAUAUUGAGGGAGGAGGCUGAAUCACUGAGCUGAGCAUGGCACAGCAUCAAAAGCAGGCUCCUCCAGAGUUUGAGAGAGGAGGAGCUGCGGCCAUUGAAGCUGUGCGGCGCUAGGCAAGGCG